CAAAGAUGGAAGCAAUGAAGAGAUACGAAGAGCUGGGAAUGGCGGAAGCGCUCAGCCGCUCCUACGAUUACCCCUCGGCGUGCCAGGAGCUCGCGCUCAUCCUUCGCUACGCCUACGCCCAGCUCCCCAAGACCCUCCAAUCCCUCCUCCUCCGUGAUACUCUCGCCGCUUUCCGCCUCCUCCCCGUGAUGCAAACGAGUCUUGGGCUGUCAGCUGCUAAUCUCCUCCUUCAAGCAGCGGAAGCCGUGUUGCCUAAGCAGAAGAAAGCACUCGCUGUUGCUGAAUUUAAGCGUGCUGUGGUGGCUCACAAGAGGCGCUGCAGAGUUCAUCAACAUGGAGAUUCAAUCCAGCUGCCUCAAGACAUUCUUAUCCACAUCUUCAAAUUUUUGGACAUGCGUUCUUUAGUUACCUCAAGUUCAGUUUGCUGGGCAUGGAAUGCAGCUGCAAAUGAUAAUGCCUUGUGGCAUUUGCAAUAUUCUCUCUUUUUUGGUUCCUAUGGUAUCUUUGGCAAAACCAGUGAGCAAAAUCAAAGUAUCAAAGAUGAAUGUCUACAAGCAAAUCUUAAUUGGAAAAAAGAAUUUUGUAAAAAAUAUACAGGCAAUUCAUCCUGGAGAUUUAAAUCAAAUAGAGCGUUCUGCAGGCAUUGCAAGUCAAUAAUCUGGCUGAGCAACAUCACUUGUGACAGACCUCACCAUUGUGCUACACUUGAAAUUAAGCAAUUUAUAAUAAAGCCUAUGGCACCUUACAAGACCGACAAGUUCUCUGUUCUUCAGAUUGUGGAGUAUCUGUUAGGUGAAACCAUAUUGGCAUCUUCAUCCUCUGACAGUGACAGUGAUUCCGAAGCAUCCACACUAGUGACACUACCCAGGUUAUGGGCCUACACUAAACUUACAAGCAGUGAUGACCUCCCUUAAACUUUUUAAUGACAUCGCUGGCGGGAUGUACCAAAAUGAAUGCAAACAAGAUUUCUGUUGUUCCAUGCAAAAAGCAGCAGUGACCUCCCUUCAACUUUCUGAUGACAUUGCUGGUGAUAUGUACCAAAAUGAAUGCAAACAAAGAUUUUUGUUGUUCUUGUGUGGCCUUUCCCCCAGAAAAUCCCAUUAUAGGACUGCAUCCUUUCAUCUUUAACAGUUGGAUACAGAUAUAUGCAGCUGUGUUUGUGAUAAUAGCUUCAGUGGCUAUUUUUUUAUUAUUUAUUUUAAAAAAAAAUUUCUGAUA